AUGUCGGGUGGAUCCUUCGUCCUCACUCGAGCCGUUCAAGUCCUACUGCUUCUCUUCAUUUCACAUCUUUGCAUUGCUCAGUCGUGCUCGCUGUUGCACAUUCCACCCUCCAAUGUGGAGUAUGUACUUCUACACAUCGACUUGUUUCACGCAGUCGAGAACCUAGGCAACUAUACGUGCGAAUCCUUCAAUGUGCCCAAGAACAAGUGCAGCAACGUCAAAAAGCACUUGCUAAAUACAAUGCAAGAAAUGUCUCAUUUAACUAUUCGAGAAGCCGUCGUGAAUGUUUCGCUGGACCAUUCACUUUCUUAUGACGUUUGGAUGCUCGAUUCAGCGACACAGAAGCAGGUGAAAGCCUCUGAACCGAUCGUGCUCUAUCCCGAGCAAUCACUCGGCCAAACAAUUGCGCAGUAUUGCGCGCGAUUCAGAAUAGAUGAGCGGAAUUGCGAAAAGAUUGCUACUGACAUUAAAAAUCUCGUGGCAAGAGACUGGGGCUGCGAGGAUCUAGCUAUCAAAAGCACAAACACAGAUACCGAGUACGUGGAAAUUCCGAUAAUGCUUGGUCGGUAUAAUGAUAAGAUUAAAGUGGAUAAGUUGAGUGAUGGAACAGCCGACGCAGCCAAGUAUUGUUUACGAAACAAGCUUCAUAUCGCUGAAUGUGCCGCUCUCAUUCGCGUUUUACGUGAACAAGUUGAAAGCGUACGAGCUAAUUCUGGAGAGACGGUUGUCAGAACAGAAGAGGAAACUAAACGUACGAGGACCAGCUGGCGUCGUCAGCUUCAAAUAAUUAGCCCAAUGGAGAAGCGUCUCUAUCCACGAUCAGAGCGAAUUUACGUGAAAGUGGAAUGGGAGCCAAGCAAGCCACAAUUAAACGAUGUUAUAGUAUCGGAAGAAGUUUGCGUCAAUACAUAUACAUACUAUUCAACCACACCGAUCGCAUGCUUUCAAGUGCCCCAAACACAUCCCGUAUUUAUUACUCCUAACACUCUUGAAGGCUGUCACAUACUUUACUUUACUGAUAAGACCGGUGCAGACAUCUUAGCAGCGACAAGCUUUCAAAUUGUUGUUCCCACAGCAACUGUAGUCGAGAUAUUUUCAUCGAAGACGGAAGCUGGUAUUAGCAACAAUGCCUAUUUGCAGGCUAAAAUUCGCACGACAUUUUUUGAUCCUUUCGAUCGUGCAUUUCGUGUCUGCCUUUUGAUUGACGAUACUUUUGCCUGCCUCAACCCUGACUUUAUGGCUGUUGAUGAACGGGUUCUUCGCCAUGGUACGCACAUCAAUUCGAUGUAUCAAAGCAUUACUUUUCGGUCGCCUGUGGAUCAUGUCUCCUUUAAUGGGGCUUUGAAUCAUGAGAUCAGUAUUCUUCUUAUGACGGAUAACAAUAAAGCAGUGUUUCUUUCCGAGAUUGUCGCCUUCAAUGCAGCCCCAGCUGUAAAUGCACCCGACAUUACAUCGAGACUGCAUGUUCUCGAUCCGAGAAUACACACUUCUCAACGCCCCAGAGCCUGUCCAGAAGAAAUUAUGUCAGCGCCAAUGUUACAAUGGAUUUGUGACCUUUGGCGUCACGAAUGGGGUAUCUAUUCACAGAAUGGAGAAGAUGGCAUUCUAAUCAAGAUAUUUAAACACAUUGGCACGAAGGGCAAGUCCUAUGUCGAAUUUGGCACAGAAAGCGGUCAGGAAUGCAAUACUCGGUUGCUGCGUCAGGUCCACGGGUGGAAAGGAUUGUUGAUGGAUUCACAUUACGAAAAUACGAGCAUCGAGCUGCAUCGCGAAUUUGUUACCCGUGCAAAUUUCAUGUAUCUUUUAACAGAAAAGUAUAAGAGCCUCGUUCCUCAUGAUCUCGACCUUUUGUCCAUUGACGUGGACUUUAACGACUUUUGGCUGCUUGACGCUAUGGACUUGAAGCGCGUAUCUCCACGAGUAGUGAUUGUAGAGGUAAACAGUCAUAUCCCGUCGAAUGAAGCUCGGACGGUUGAGUAUGAUGAUAAAGGUGGUGGCUGGGACGGUAUGUCAUCCUACUUCGGCGGCAGCGUGGCGGCAUUUUACCGCUGGGGCGCUCGUAACGGGUUUUCGCUUGUAUACUGCGAGUCGCAUGGUGUAAAUUGUUUUUUCGUGCGUAAUGAUGCUCUUUGUCAUAUUAAUGUGUCAGCAGUGCUCGGCCCUGAGGAACUGCAAGCCCCGCCGAACUUUUUUGGUCAAGGCUGGGACUACCCAGAUAUUUGGCAACCUCACCACAAGUGGGUGUGGGUUUAA